GGAUCUAUGAGGACAUCCGAAACAACGAAAAGGAAGAACAAAUCAAGAUCUAAAGCUCUUCCUCCUUCAAAGAGGUUACGGCUGGAGGCACAGAGAGUUCUCAAGGAGAGAGUUCAGGACAUUGCGGAUAAGAAGGGCAUAAAGAUGAAGUUCUGCAACCUGAAGGAUUGUGAGACCCAUAUUCAAUCUACUGACAGCCCGUGUGCUUCCAUUAGAAUGGAGAUAGGGUGGCCACAAGGAGUCCCGUUUGCUCAUCCACAUGAUCUUCCAAACAAGGCAAAGCUUGGAUUUCUUGAGACCUACGAACCUGGUUGGUCUGCCACACAUGACAUGGAGAAUCCAUCUCUGGAGUUUCCAGAAUGAAUUUACAACUGAAGACAAUGGUUUUUCAUUUUUUGGUAGCCUGUGGUUGGGUGUGCAACAUGCUUUUGCCUUGUUCUGCAUUGCUAGUAUGUAUGUAAUAGGUAGUGCUGUGUUUCACUUAAGGUAUCUUUGUUAUGCUGUAUUUUUAAUGGGCAUUUUUUUGGGGCGGGGGAUAUGCGAAAUUCCGGAAUAAUGUUACAGCUUGGGACUUCACCCAUAGCUUUCUGUAGAUAAGAUCAUAAAAUAUAGAGAUGAGAAAUGUAUAUGGUGUGGAAAUCUGUCUCCAUUAAGUCUGUAACACAGCACACUGUGCAUGCAUUUCAUAAGAUUCAAUGUUCUAAAAGGCGUUAGGCGUUAGUCGGGCACUAGCCUAGACGCCUAGGCGGGGACUAGUCGGAGAC